UUUGGGACCACGAUGGCUGACGAGGCAAACCAGCCUCUGUUAGAUGGGGGGUCCGCCGAGAGAGCAUCCGAUGACCCGCCCCAGCCGUCAUAUCCAUCACCAACAGACCCAUCGCUUCCACACCGUUCUGGAGAUGGCUUGACGGUCUAUAGCACUGAACAGACAUUAUCGCGAUCCUCUUCAGGCGGGAGUCGGAGUAGCCAUACUCAGACCAUGGGCGCCGGAGACCAGCCUCUACCGAACGCAACCUCUAAUCCUCCCGAAUGGUCACCAGAAAGGGUGUCUGUCGACCAAUCCAGAGUAUCAUAUGAACUAUCAUCGGAAUCAACACCCUUAUUACAUCGUCGGGAAGAUGGUUUGGUAUAUGGGCCCGACCAACGAUCUUCGCGAUCUUCUUCAGUCGUUUCGCGCACCUCACUCGAUGGAGGCGCCAAUCACAAGCGGAGCCGUGUACCAUGGCCGACUGUCAUAUCACUCUCUAUAUUAACGCUCAGUGUCUUGGCGAUACUCGUACUUGCCUUUGUUGCCCCCGCGGCGGUAAAAGAAUACGCGCAACAGGCUGCUAUUUUCAAACCGACGACAAUCUCCAUCGACUCUACAACACCCGGCGGCGUUCGAGCCCGUAUUCAAGGCGACUUCUACAUGGAUUCAGGCCGUGUAGAGAGUAAGUCGAUUCGAGGCAUUGGCCGAUUGGCCACCUGGAUUGCCCGGGAGGUAGAAACGGGCCCAUCGGAUGUCGAAGUGUACCUUCCGGAAUAUGGGAAUGUGCUUGUUGGAACUGCAGCACUGCCGUCCAUCAAGGUGAACAUUCGUAACCGUCAUUAUACCCGUGUCGACUUCCUCACCGAUCUUGAGGCUGGCGAUGUACGAGGAAUUCAUGCGGUAGCUAUUGACUGGCUUGAGGGAAGGCUAGGCCGCCUCAAUGUCAAAGCCAAGGCAAUGAUACAUCUCAAGUCAGGCUUGAUCUCUCUGGGAAAUCAAGUGUUGACAGACAACAUCAUCUUUGAAGAAAACGAUUUCCCGGCUCUACCGAUUGUCAACAUUCUCAAGCUGAAUGUGCAUGAUGCAAGCAGUGGGGCUAUGGCAGUAGAUGUUCUACUUACGUCUAUGAUUGAUUCUCCUGUCGCCCUCACCAUCCCUAUGCUCGGCUUCGAUAUUUUGGUCCCAAAUUGUUCACCCGGAGAUCCUUACAUCUUGGUCGCCAAUGCGAAGACGAGCACGAUUGAUGUGCAACCGGAUAAAGCAACGCCGGUUGGUGUCAAGGGUCUCAUACAACAGCUACCCGAUGAAUUGACCUCAAGCUGCCCUGGGCAGAAGGGCUCCCCCUCUGGACCUUUUGGUCUCCAGCUUCAUGCAGGCCCAGCAUGGUUAGUCGACCUGCUGCGCAGUGUGACUGUGCCUUUGCCAUUCACGGGACAUGCGCUGGACAAUCUUGUAAAGAAUUUCACGAUGUCCGAUACCCGUUUCUCUCUUCCAAAUCCCUUCGCCGAGCCAGAUUCCCCAGACUCUCAGCCCACGGUGUCUGCUUUGGUGGAGGUUCUCAUUGCAUUGCCAGAGGAGAUGAACUUCCAAGUCGAUGUUCCGCAAGUCCGUGCCCUUGCGGAUGUUUACUACAAAGAAAAUAAGCUCGGUGUAUUGAACAUCAGCAAAUGGCAAGACGCCAAUUCCACAAUGGUGGAUGAUCUAGAUGGCUCUACUGCGCUCCUUGUGGAGUUCGCAAUGAAGGACGCACCAUUACAAGUUACUGAUGAAAGCCUUUUGGCAGAGGUGAUUCAGGCGAUGCUGUUUGGUAGCGAAACAAUCGUGUUGCGGGUUGCUGCCACUGUAGAUACCAAAGUCGCAACUGGUUUGGGCCGCUUUGCCCUGCGAGGGAUACCUGCGGAAGGGAGAGUACCUGUCAAGGCUUCCAUCGGCGACUCCCUUGAGCAUCUGGGCCCGCGCGUGGUAUCACUGCGACUAGGAAACACGACCGAAUCUUCGAUAUUGGUAUAUACGCAAGUGAAUUUCACCAAUCCAACGGAAUACUCGGCUACAGUUCCCUUCGUUGACCUUCUCGUGCUAUACAAUGACACUGCCGUCGCUCAUGUCACCGCUCGGAAUAUCUCUGUCACACCUGGCAACAACAGCUUCGUGCCCAUUGAGUUCCAUUGGUGCCCGUUGGAUGCAGGUGGAGAAGAUGGCCCUAAGGCAGGCAGAGCAUUGCUUUCAUCCUACAUAUCAGGCUCGAAUACAACAAUUGCUAUUAAAAGCCACCGCGACACAAUCCCAUCACUACCAAAUUUGGGCAAAGGACUAUCAAUUCUCAACAUCACACUUCCGGUCCCUCGUAUCUCCACCCCAGGUUCCCCAGACAGCGAAAAUGAUGAUGAAAAGCCACGGUUUAUCCAAGAUGCAACGUUCUAUCUAUGGUCCUCCAUGGCAGAGUUCACUCUCUCCUCCCCCUUAACUGAGGACAGCAUCCUGGUCACCUCAAUCGACGCAACGGCUUUCUACGAGGAGAAGGAACCAAUCGGUCGAAUCCAUAGGCGCUAUCCCUUCCAAGUGCCGCCCGGUAUAUCGAAGUCACCACGCUUAACAGUCGAUCUUGAUAUGGGCGGAGUUGGCUAUGACGCCUUGCGCAAGGCACUUGGUCAAUCUUUGGAUGUGGAUGCUGUGGCCAAAGUUGGGGUGCAGAUUGGGAACUAUGCGGAUGUCGUUUUCUACCAUGGGAAAGGCAUUGGGGCCAAGGUUAGGAUUUAG